AUUCCCAUGAAAAGAUCUGCCGUUACAUUGCCAGAGAAAGCAAGGUGGUGGUUGUGUCUGUUGCGUAUCGUUUAGCUCCUGAACACAAAUACCCUGCUGCAUACGAAGACUGCCUUAAUGCCACCAUACACUUUCUAAAGAAUAUUGAGCACUAUGGCGUGGAUCCUGCCCGUAUAAUUGUCUGUGGGGACAGUGCUGGGGGCAAUCUAGCAGCUGCUGUGAGCCAGACCCUUGUGGGUAGAUCAGACCUCCCCAAACUCCGUGCUCAGGUCUUGAUCUACCCGGGCCUUCAGGCACUGGACUUCAAUUUACCAUCUUAUCAGCAGAAUCGGGGAGUCCUGCUGUUAUUCCGAGAACGUGCUGCUUUCUUUGCUUUGCAGUACCUAAAUGGGGAUGCAUUACACAUGCAAGAGGUCUUGGAUGGCUCUCAUAUUCCUCCAGAUAUGAGGCUGAAGUACAGGAAGUGGGUGAGUCCAGAUAACAUCCCUGAAAAAUUUAAGGUCAGAGGCUACAAACCACACAAGCCCCAUGAAUUCAAGCCUGAAGUUUUUGAGAAAGUUAAAGGAUUCUGUGAGCCCAACCUGUGCCCACUGUUAGCCGAAGAUGCUAUUGUUCAGCAGCUGCCUGAGUCUUUCAUCUUGACUUGCGAAUAUGAUGUGCUGAGGGACGAUGGCUUGCUUUACAAGAAGAGAUUGGAAGACAAUGGUGUUCGAGUGACCUGGUUCCACCUCGAGGAUGGAUUCCAUGGAAUCAUAAGCUUAUUUGAUUAUUGUGGUUUGUCAUUUCCAGCUGGGAAAAAGGGACUGGACAGCGUAGUUAAAUUCAUAAAAGGCCUGUAG